AUGGAUUGUCGUGUCGUUGGUACUACUGUGAAAUUCCGCCGGCCCCGCACCCUGCGCAUGCCAUGUAACCCGAAAUUCCCUAGGAAAUCGGUGCCAACUCGCAGCCGCAUGGAUGCCUACAACAUCAUCAAGUACCCACUGACGACGGAAGCAGCCAUGAAGAAGAUCGAGGACAACAACACGCUGGUGUUCCUGAUCCAUCUGCGGGCUAACAAGAACCACGUCAAGGCCGCGGUUAAGAAGUUGUACGACAUCAAGGUGUCCAAGAUCAACACGCUGGUGCGACCGGACGGUAAGAAGAAAGCCUACGUGCGGCUGGCUCGUGACUACGAUGCGCUGGAUAUCGCCAAUAAGAUCGGAAUCAUCUAAACCGGGGAAAUGAACGGUUUGUUUGCUUUAUAUCUAGUUCUGUUUCUACUCGUAAGUCGUGCUGCUGAAGAAAAAAGAUUGGGGAAUGCGUAGAAUAUUCCAAACUCUAGGAGAGAAUGUGAGCGUCGGGAACUAGCAUCUCGCGCGAAAAGCGAGGAAAUAUAAAGUCUGCA